AUGAGCGUGGAAGAUCUUCCGCUGAAGGAGGCGAACGUGCUUAAGGGUCACGAAGGUGGCGUGCUCGCCGCCAGGUUCAACUCCGACGGUAACUAUAUCCUCAGUUGCGGCAAAGACCGUACCAUACGCCUCUGGAAUCCUCACCGUGGCAUCCAUAUCAAAACCUAUAAAUCGCAUGGCCGUGAAGUCCGCGAUGUCCACGUUACUUCGGACAACUCCAAGUUAUGUUCCUGUGGUGGAGAUAGGCAAGUUUUCUAUUGGGAUGUUGCUACUGGCCGUGUAAUAAGAAAGUUUCGUGGCCAUGAUGGUGAGGUAAAUGGUGUAAAGUUCAACGAAUAUUCAUCUGUUGUAGUCUCAGCAGGCUAUGAUCAAUCAUUGCGCGCUUGGGACUGCAGAUCCCACAGCACUGAGCCAAUACAGGUUAUUGACACAUUUGCAGACAGUGUGAUGUCUGUUUGUUUAACAAAAACUGAAAUUAUCGGAGGAAGUGUUGAUGGAACUGUUCGAACAUUUGAUAUUCGUAUUGGCAGAGAAAUAUCUGAUAGCUUAGGGCAACCUGUCAACUGUAUAUCGAUGUCAAAUGAUGGCAACUGCAUCCUAGCCGGUGGCUUAGACUCUACUGUGCGUCUUUUGGACAGAACCACAGGUGAACUAUUACAAGAAUAUAAAGGACACACUAAUAAGUCAUACAAAUUGGAUUGCUGCCUCACUAAUACGGAUGCUCAUGUAACUGGUGGCUCCGAGGAUGGCUUCGUCUAUUUCUGGGAUCUUGUAGAUGCAUCUGUUGUGUCAAAAUUCAGGGCCCAUGCCUCAGUGGUUACAAGUGUAAGUUAUCACCCAAAGGAAAACUGCAUGAUAACUUCAUCGGUAGAUGGCACUAUUCGGGUAUGGAAGACAUAA